CGUUCAGUUGAGUUAGAGCUAUAGACGUGUGCGGUUUAUGCGCAUAAAAAACGCUAGAACAAAAAUCAACAACAAACCAAGUGUAUAAAGUGUGAUCCUGAAGUGAAAACUAUAAACGGAGUAACAAAAGUAACAAAUUAAAAUUGAAAAUCUAAAACACAAUCAGCAUUUUAGAGUGUCUAAAAUAUAUACGCAAACUUACUAUAUAUGCACAGCAUAUAUAUACGCUUAUAAUCUGACUGAUAAGCAGCGCCGCUUAGUGCACUUUUUUUGGGGAACUUUUGAACUCUCGGCCGUUCGUCCACGAUGAUUUCCCAUACAGUGAGAGUCUUCAAGCUGAUGUAUAUCGUGGCUGGCAUACUGAUUAGCAAUGAGGAAAUUUGCGACACUGUCGAUCGCAUACAGAUCGCGCCACGCGUCGAAAUGAAACGCGUCGAACUGGAGCAACGUGACUUGACACUGACCAACAAAUCAGACGCAUCUCCCACCACAAAACGGCGUCGCAAAGUCAGUGUCACUGGACUCGCCGGUGGCAUGGUGAGAGGCGUCACCAGCCAGGUGACGAGUCGGGUCAGCAAUCGGAUUAGUUGGCUGCAAAAGGUGCCGCUGAUCAUCGCUCAGUGGCGUGCUUUGGCCCUGAGCUUUACGGUAUGGACCAUACCCAACAUUCUGAUGGAAUACACUUCGAGCUAUGUUAGCAAGAAGUUCUUCAUCAACAGCGACUGUGAUAUGAUCUAUAAAUAGUCUUAACUUUAGUCUAAGUUCCAGCUUCAGCAAAACAUUUGUACAGCAAGAAGUUGAUUUUAUUUAAGUUUAGAGCUAAGAGAGACGCGCGUAGUUUUUUAGGCUAAAUACCGAGUUCAAAAUAAAUAUUAUGUUAGUAGA